AUGGCGGGACAACACGGUCAACAGCUCGCGCUCGCGGAACUGGAAGGUCGUGGUCGGGACGAUCCACCCUUUGAUCCCUUUCUCGAAGAGGAAUUGGAAGAAGCCCGCCUAGCGGAGGCCAACGCCGCUGUACGGGAGGAAGAAGACAUCCCCGAAGCCGAACUGGUUGGUGAGGACGAAGAAAAUGACGACGACGACAACGACGAUGAUGUGGAAGACGUGGACGACGAGGUCCUGCAAGGAUCAAUCUACAACAACGACGGAUCGCUGCGACGCACCAAAGCCGAACGCGCCACGCUGCGCGCAGGAGCCCCCGCCGGCGGACUCUUCGCCAUCCUCGAGCUCGCCGGCUCGCAACACAAAAUCACCACGGACGAUCUCCUCAUUGUCAAUCGCUUGCGACCGCAGAAGCAUUUCCACGUCGGUUCCGUGCACACUUUGGAAGACGUGAUGUUGGUCAGCUCCUCGCAUUACACCCUCGUCGGUAUGCCCUACGUCCGGGGCGCGCAAGUGGACUUGCUCGUGGAGGAAAUUACCAUGGACGCCAAAGUUAUUGUCUUUCGCAAGCGCCGGAGGAAGAAUUCGCAGCGCAAAAACGGUUCCCGGCGCGACGUGACUAUGCUCCGUGUCCUCGAUAUUCGCCCGCCCGACGCCUUCCAAAACCAGGCUCACCGGGAGCGACCGCCACCGGCUCCGUUGGUCAAAAACUAG